GGUUUCCAUCGCCGGCCCCAUCCCCAUUGUCGCCGUCGCCGUCGUCGUCGUUCGUCACCGCCUCAGCAGCCAUGGCAGCCACCGCAGAGCUCUCCGAUUUCGACCACGAGGAGUUUGUCACUUGCGCCCGCUACGGCGAGCUCGACGAGCUGCAGCAGCUCGUCAGCGCCUACCUCGACCAGCAUCCCACCGACCCCGAUCAUCUGCCGGCCCUGAAGCGCUCGCUCUUUACUGUCAAGAACGCCUCGGGCCACACCGCCCUGCACAUGGCCGCUGCCAACGGCCAGCACGAUAUCCUCGCCUUCCUCCUGCCGUCCCUCACCCGCGACGACGUCAACAUCACCAACAACGAGGGCUCCUCCGCCCUGCACUGGGCCUCGGUCAACGGCAAGCUGGACUGUGUCGAACUGCUGCUCAAGUUUGGCGCCGAUGCCACCCUCAAGAACCACGCCGGCAAAAGCUCCAUCACCGUCGCCUCGCAGCAGGACCACCUCGAUGUUGCCACCGCCCUCCUCAAGAGCUUCGACCCCGAAGAUGACGAUGAAGACAAGGAGGUCGAUGCCGGCGACGAGGACUUCCCCGAGGACGAGACCGACUUUGUCAUCCGGGCUGGCGAAACCGAUGACGCCAACUGAUCGAGCCGCCUCUCCAGCGUCGUUGGCCGCAGCCCAUCCCACACUUCUCUUGCCGCACCGUGUCGACCAUGGGACGCCCGGUGUGUCGGACCCUCCUGGAGCAGCGAUCGGCUAAAAACCGACCUCGAGCGGCCUGGGGGGGGAGCCUUUGACAGUGCAGAUCCGUGCUGACAUGGCCGCUGAUCCCCAAGAUCGAACCGACCGAUCGAAUCCGCGCCUCACAGGGCCUCAUCCAGCAGCCCUGUUCUCCCGCAUCCCUAUUCACCUGCCCCACACAUCCUGCCUACCCGGCUGUCCGCCUGCAUCCCAGCUGGUUGUAAAUCGCCAAUACAUUCGUCAUUGCAAUCGUGAA